AUGGUCGUCCCUUUGGAAGCCCGAGUGGCCUGCCGAUUCGUCCGGCAACCAGAGGAAGGCGACCUGGUUGAUGGGGGAAAGAAAGACCCCAAUCGUCCACUGUUUCAGCGGAGCCGCUGCAAACAGGAGACCGUGCACGUCGGCCCUGAGGGUCUCGAGGGCUCCUUUUGCUUUGGCAACAGCGUUCGUUACACGAAGGCCGGGGGGCAACCAGAAGAUGCAGGAGACCGAGCCAUACUGGUUCAGACGAAAGGGAACUUGCAAGCCAUUCUGAAUGCAGGCCUCUCCCUUCGGGAAGCCCUCGACGAGGAGUCGCUGAAGCCGGGAUGUUUUGGUGAGAAUCUUUUUCUUGAUACCGCUGACAUGAAGGCAGAAACCGUAUGUGUGGGCGACAUGUUCGGAUGUUGGCGUGAUGGAGUUCAGCAGCCCUUGCAGCUUCAGGUGUCCUGCCCUCGUUGCCCUUGUGGUGAAGUGGACCAGAUGCUGGGGAAGACCUUCACUGCUGAUGGCGUACGCGCACAUUGUGCCCGCACAGGAAGAGCUGGUUUCUUCGUCCGCACACUGGUUCCUGGAGACCUCCGCGAUGGCGACGUGUUGCGGCUCAUCGUGCGGCCGUGUCCAGACUGGACCCUGGCUCGGGUCAGUUCCCUACUCUACGGAAACCGGAAGGUGGUAAUGGAAUACCUCAUGCGCGCCCGGGAAGCCGUAAAAGAUGGGUACACGCCCGUCAUCCGCAAGGAGGAGUUCAUGGGCACAGAGAAGGAGCUGAAAGAGCUUGCUGCGCUGAAAGAGCUCAGUGUCUUUGAAUGGAAGGAGUAUGCCGUGCGUGCAUUGGACGGGCCUCCAGUCGGCCGCUACAGGCGGCAGAAGUCCAGUCGCCUGGGAGUU